ACUCAUUUUCCUUUUUAACUCCAUAUUUCUCUCUCUCUCUCUCUCUCUCUCCAACCAUGCCUCCCAAAGAUGGACGUAAAGUAGAGAUGGCCUUCUUCCCACAUCUGCUAGGGGGACACUUCGUCCCGAUGAUUGACACUGCCAGAAUCUUCGCCUCUCGCGGCGCCAAAGCCAUCAUUGUCACCACCCCCCACAACGCCAACCUCUACCGCAAUGCCAUCGACCGCGACAGGGCCGCCGGCCACGACAUCAGCUUCCGCACCCUCGAUCUCCCUGCCGCCGAGUUCGGCCUCCCCGACGGCUGCGAGAACCAGCUCGCCAUCUCCUCCCUCGACAUGUACACCAAGCUCUUCCUCGCCGUCAUGAAGCUCGAACAGCCCCUUGAGAACCUCCUCCACGACCUCCGCCCCGACUGCCUCGUCAGUGACUUCUUCCACCCGUGGAGCCUCGGCGUCGCCAACCGCGUAGGAAUCCCUCGAAUCUGCUUCGAGGUUUCCAGCUGCUUCUCCCUCUGUGGGGAGGACAGCCUGCGGCGUUACACGCCGCACGCCUCAGUGGACUCCGAUACGGAGCCUUUCCUCUUGCCGGGCCUCCCGGACAAGAUCGAACAAACAAAGCUGACCUUGCCCGACUGGGCAAAGGCUCCCCGUUCCGGGUUUACUAUGUUUUUAGAUACCGUAGUUGAGGCCGAGGAAAAGAGUUACGGGUUUUUGUUCAACAGCUUUUACGGGCUAGAGCAAACUUACAUAGAUCACUUCUCGAAAGAUAUGAGAAGGAAGAAGGCUUGGUUUGUCGGGCCGGUUUCACUGAUCAACAAAGAUGUAGAGGACAUGACUAGCAGGGGAAACAAAGUCUCCAUUGAUGAGGAAAGCGUGUUGACCUGGCUGGACUCUCAAAAACCCCGUUCUGUUUUAUACGUCACGUUCGGGAGCUUUCCUAGGCUAGCUCCCGAGCAACUCUUCGAGAUUGCUCACGGUCUCGAGGCUGCCGGUUACCCAUUUGUUUGGGUAAUCGGCAAAAUGGUGAAGAAUCCCGAAGAAGAAGGGAAAGAAGAUGUUAAGUGGUUUCCGGAAGGGUUCGAGGAGAGGAUGAAGAGUUCGAACAAGGGGUUUAUAAUAAAGGGGUGGGCGCCGCAGCUGCUGAUAUUGCAGCACCCGGCGGUCGGAGGAGGGGUUUGCCACGGCGGGUGGAACUCAACCUUGGAGAUGAUCACGAACGGGCUGCCGGUGAUCACUUGGCCGCUGACGUCGGAGCAGUUCUUGAACGAGAAGUUUGUGACGGAGGUGCUGAGGACGGGGAUAUCGGUGGGGAACGAGGAGUGGGUGUCGUGGCACAAGCCUAGGGCGACGGUGUCGAGGGAGAAGGUGGAGAGGGCGGUGAGGAGGUUGAUGGGAGGGGAGGAAGGAGAUGAAGUGGAGGAGAUGAGGAUGAGGGCGAGAGAGUAUGGGAAGAAGGGGAAGAGAGCGGUUGAAGAGGGUGGGGAGUCUUAUGCUGAUGUUGAAGCUUUGAUCGAGGAGAUUAGGUCUCUAAGGGACAAAAAUUGCUGCAAUGCUAUCAAUUAAUUAACGAUAUGCCAAUUGCCAGUACUGCCAAGGACUCUCCAGCCGCAGUUGAUGGUCCAUCUACCAUGUAUUAGUUCUUGAUUUUAGUGAGAUUUUUUUUUUGGUUCAAUUUUGUUUGUUUACUUUUUCUUUUUAAUUUGUUUUGAAUUCAAUAAAGUUGUAUUUGUUGCCUUCUCCCCAAAAUAAUAAUAAUGGUGUUUUGUACUUCA